CACAAAGGUUGUGGAGCUUCCGAGAGCUGCAGGAAGAUGCUGUGGAUUCUGGUGGCCCUGAUCUCCUGCAUCUGUGCAGCUCAGGCCUGUCUGCAGUGCGACCGCGCCAUCAGGAACAUGCAUGACGACUUCAUCUUGUCUGCUCCUACAGUGAAUGAGCAAAUUGAGUUACAAACAAUUUGUGACCACGCCUAUGAGACAUACAGAGAGACAAGCCGGAAUCGAAAGGGGGUCAUUGAUCCAACCACAUUGUACAGAGCCAAAACUGAAUACCAAAGUGAAUUUGAUCGCUUUUUGAAAACAGAACCCACUGGGUCUCUAACAUUUGAAACCAUUCAGAUCAUGGAGAAAGGCAGGAAAAUCUUAGAGAAGCACUUGGACGCUUUUAUCCCUGAUGGACUUUGCCCCAACAAGUGCGGAGUUCUCUGUAGAAGAGUGAUGGACUGUAUCUCUUGCAAAUACAAAAUCUACACUUGUCCAUCUCUGUCAGACCAGCUGGACUGUGGCGUGUACCCAUUGCAGGGGGAUGAGGGAGGCCAGGCUGUGUUGGACUGUUUCCUUCCAUGGCAUCGAUUCCUAUUGGGAAAACCAGAGUACUACUACUCCUGGGCUCCUGGAGAACCGGGGAACAAAACGCUGACGGAAAAGGACUUCAAGACCUUAGUGGUGACACACGACUCGUCUGUGGUCCUGAAUCAGCUGCACUUGGAGGAGCAAGGAACAUAUCGCUGCUCUCUGCAAGACCAAAUUGGAACCAUCUUCUAUAGAGUCACAUUUCUACUCACAGUUGCCCCCUUGCCUCUUCAGACCCACCAAGCUUUCGUCACUCUGCCCUCACUGGCUCAUGGAGACUACUCACCUUUUCAACCUACAGAGAACCUGCUUGUGGCUGUCAUCUCCUUGGUUACAGCGCUGAGUCUGGCAGCCAGCGUAGGCCUCACAGUUGUCCUGGGGAUGAUGAUGAAUCGAGAGAGAAAAGCCAAAGGUUUGAGGAAGUCCAAGGAAGAAGUGUGCACAGUGUGAUAAAUAAAGUAAUCACACUCUCAAAUGGUGGAAGAGGUUUUCUCACUUCCGUUUGUAGGUGUCUCUCCACAGUCAAAUACAUUUCCCAGCAUGAAGUGUUAAGUCAUGUCCAGAAAGUGAGAAAAGGUAUUGAAAUACAAUGUGUCAUUCAAGAGUUAUAGGAUCUGGUUUGUUUGUUUUUAAUUAGCUGAGAUCUCAUAAGACAUGAAGUUGGUGGAGAUACAACAGAAAUCACUUAGUUGAUUUUUGAUUAUUAUGUAAUUUGACGCAUC